AUGCCGGAACCCGUUCGCAGUAAUGUUACAUCACGAAAAAAGAAAAAGAGAGUAUGUCAUCCGUUUUGUUGUCGUUUGAGAUCAUCCGCACGUGGUUUAGACGUAACUUCAUCCAAUUCUCUCAUCAGCGCCGGUUUCACAUCCUUGGGAUUGGCUUUUUUAUCAGCGUUCAGAUAUACUCCAUUAAUAUUAUAUUACCUAUCGGAUAUAUUAUCAGAACAUGGAUUUAAAUUUUAUUAUUAUGCUUGUACGUUUACCAUAUUUGGAUGGUCGGGGAUUUUAUUGAUAACGUUAGUCAUUUUUGGAAUAAUACUGUCGUUUUCAACGAAAAUAAAACACAAGGGAAUACUUUUACUUCAUCCUUGGUGUCUUCUCUUACUCUAUUUCGACGUGUUCGUUUGGAUCGGUUUGGAUAUAAUUCUCGAACCCGUACUUAAUGAAAUAUCCGAUGAAUUGGAUGGACCAUUUUAUUAUUUACUCGUUACCUACAUAGACAACGCAAUUUUUUUCGUUAUUUAUUGGGUAUACGCAACGUAUUUCAUAUUGGCCGAAUUAACAAUUAUUGAAAAUAAUUUUAGAUAA